AAUAAACUGACAUUGCGCCGGUUUGUUUUUUCGUUUAUAAUAAUAUUUAUAUUUUAGUGUCGUAGCCCCACGCGAGUGCUCCACUAACUAGUCGUACAGUAUAAUUAAGGAAAAUGGACCUUUUACAACCGUGUGUUAACUGUGGUAUCACAAUCAGAGAACGUAUCAGGAGACAUGUUUUAUCAUCAUUACCUCCCGAUAUGACUGUUCUUUUAUCGGAGUGGUUAACAUUCGAGUUAUCAUCUCAUAGCCAUGUCUGUGGUGCGUGUUACGACAAUUUAUCAAGAUGUCUUGCAACGAAUUCAAGGGAAAGACAACUCGGUCAUAUCAAUAUUUGUUAUGGCUGUGGUAAAUCAGUUACACGUGCCAGAAGACACGAAAUUGUGGAGGGAAGCCCUCUCGCCUCACUUGUAUCACUGUGGCAUCAUCAUGUUAGAGCAGCCAACUUUUUAUGUCAUGGUUGUUACAUGAGAGCUAACAGAGAAGUGAGCCGAAGAAAUAUUACUGAUUCCAACCGUUUUGAUGCCUUAGAAGAUCAUCAAACUGAUCAAAAUAUCCAAAUACCAAUUCCUCCACCACUUCCUCCACCACUUCCUCCACAACUUCCUCCACCACUUGCCCCACAUCUUCAUCUUGGCCAAGGUCAAGAUGUUUCAUCAAUUGCCCUGCCUAAUUAUAGACGUUGUGCUAAUACAUCUAGGCGAUGCAUAUUUGAUGGAUGUCAGCAAAGUGCAGGUCAUUUAGUGCCCACCUUAAUUAAAUCAGCCUUGCUGUUUCAUAAUAAGCUUUAUGUGCCUCGAUGUGCAAGGAUAUGUGAAAAUCAUUUGCAUUCUAAUGAAUGGGAGCUAUUAUUAGAGAACUCAAGUUUAACAAAUACUUUCACAGCACUUGAAAUUGAAAACUUGUUGGACAGUAAAAAUGUAGAAAAUGUUAUUGAUUUUGAAAAUAUUGAUUUAAUGCCUAAUCAUGUAUGCCAUCAUUGGACAGGGCGCACCACCCAAGAGUUCAUUGAAUUGCAUAAUAGUAUACCAAUACAGUCUGUUGUUCCCAAAAAUUCAAAAUCUGCAUUAGCAAUGCUUUUAAUUAAGUAUCGAACUGGUGAUAGUGAUGCUAGGAUAUCUAGUUUUUUUAGAAUUGCUAAAUCUACUUUGCAAUACAAAAUGAAUCUUGUGAGGAAUUGUCUGACUGAUCAUUUUGUUCCGCUUCAUCUUGGUGUGUCUCACAUCUCUCACCAAGAAAUAGUUGCACGAAACACUACCAUUCCUGAAAAAUUAUUUGGAAAUCCUCACUCUGAUGCUUCUGAUGGGCCAUAGUUCAGUGUGAUGGUACAUACCUUGUACCUUGACGUACAAAAAAGUUCCAACUAUAAAUACCAAAAAAAGACAUACAGUCUUCAUAAGUAUCAUAACCUUACAAAACCAUUCUUAGUAGUCUGUUGUGAUGGUCAUAUUAUAGAUGUUUUUGGACCAUUUGCUGCAACCCAAACAGACGCGGACAUAAUGAAUUAUGUUUCUAGCAGUGGUGGGUUAUUUCAAUACUUUAGGCAAAAUGAUGUAUUUAUUUUAGACCGUGGCUUCAGAGAUUCGGUUUCCAACCUAGAAGCUCUUGGUUACAAGGUACAUAAACCUGAAACUAAAGAUGAAGGGGAAACUCAAUUAUCAACCUUACAGGCGAACAAAAGUAGAUGUGUCACGCUGUGCCGAUGGGUUGUAGAAGUUGUCAAUGGCAGGUUUAAACGGGACUAUAAACUUUUUAGAAAUGUUUUUAUUAACUUGGCUUCUGCACACAUGAUGGAGGAUUUUAGGAUUGCUGCUGCACUCAUUAAUAAAUUCCACAAAGUAAUAGAAAAUCCUGAAAAUGCUGAUCAAAUUGUUCAAAUAGCAACCUCAAGGUUGAACUUACCUAAUUAUUUAGGUCAGUUUAUACAAGAGUAUAAUUUAAACAGACGUAGAGUUAUUUGCAAGAAUUGAUGCAAACCUGCCAGAACUUAAUAGAUUUCCACGUUUAGAUAUGAAUGAGUUAAAACUAAUUUCUUUAGGACCGUAUCAGGUGAAGCAGGCUCGCUCAUAUUAUGGCGAGCACAUUAGAGAGCGAGGUAUUUAUGAGGUGGAAAUAUGUCCAGAGCUAGAGUUUUCGGAAGAACUUGCAUUACACAUUGGAGGAAAUCGUCCUCUUCUAUUAAGAGGACGUAUUAAAUCGAGGCAUACGUCCAGGCGUGAAUAUUACACGUAUAUUUUAUAUGACGAGCUUCCCUCAUUUCAAGACCAACCUAGAAAUGGUAUCUUAGGUUAUUGGUGUAAUUGUGUAUCUGGCAACCGGACUGUUGGAUGCUGUGCUCACAUUAUGACAAUUCUUUGGUACUUGGGAUGGGCGAGAUACCAAGAAGCUGUCUUUUCGCCAGCCGCGUUUUUAGAUAAUGUUUUAUUAACAUUAAAUGAUUCAACAAUU